UGUGCGGACAGUUCAUCUUCAAGGAAGUUACUGUCAACAACAGCACUGCUUUCGGUGGUCUGUGAUUUGAACCUGAGAAAUGUGUAGAGGAUUUGUGCUGCUGUGUCUGUUUUCCGUCUUUCAGGCAGGUUCUUGGGCUCAGUAUGCUCCAGAUGAAGUCAAUGAAUUGCCCGGGAUGGGCUUUAAACCGAACUACAAACAGUGGUCCGGGUAUCUGCAGGCACGACCGGGCAAGUUUCUCCAUUAUUGGUUUGUAACUUCUCAGAACAGCCCAUCCAAAGACCCUGUGGUGCUCUGGCUGAAUGGUGGUCCAGGGUGUAGCUCAAUGGAGGGUUUUCUUUCAGAGAAUGGACCCUUUCAUGUAAAUGAAAAUGGAAAAACAUUGUAUGAGAAUCCCUUUAGCUGGAACAAGAUUGCAAAUGUACUGUAUCUUGAGUCACCUGCUGGAGUAGGUUAUUCUUACUCUGAUGACCAGAAAUAUGCAACAGACGAUGAUCAGGUUGCUGAGGACAAUUACAAGGCCUUACAGAGUUUCUUUUCCAAGUUCCCAAACUUCACCACAAAUGAGUUCUUUAUUAUUGGUGAAAGUUAUGGUGGAAUAUAUGUACCAACUCUUAGUUUGCUAGUAGCAACAGGAAAAGCAAAAAUCAAUUUUAAGGGUUUUGCAGUAGGAAACGGACUUGGCAGCUUUGCUCUUAAUGAUCAGUCACUUAUCUAUUUUGGUUAUUUUCAUGGACUAUUUGGAGAAAAUUUGUGGUAUGAGCUCACAACAAAUUGCUGUGGGAAAGAUGGUAUAUGCAACUUCUACAAUUCAAGUUCAGAGAUGUGUGCAACAAUGGUGAAUGUAGCAUUUAGUAUAAUUUACAAUAGUGGGCUGAAUGAAUAUGCCCUCUACUUGGACUGUCAAGGCACAAAUAAAGCUUAUGAGAGGGCAAUGAGUCACCUUUUUAAAAACUUUAGAAGGAAUUUUGACAGACACAAGUUUGUAGGCUUGAUACAGCCCUACAAGACUCUUGGAGAAGUCCCACCCUGCAUUGACAGCACGGCUCAGACACAGUGGCUCAAUAGAGGUGAUGUGAGGAAAGGUUUACAUAUUCCUGAUACUCUGCCCCCAUGGGACCUCUGCAGCGAUUUUGUUAGUGGUAAUUACACCACCCUUUAUCCAACUGUGAAGGAAGUCUACUUGAAGCUGCUCUCCUUAGGCCUUCGAGCACUUGUGUACAAUGGAGAUACUGAUAUGGCUUGCAAUUUUCUCGGAGACCAGUGGUUUGUUGAGGAUCUUGGCAUAAAGGCUACCACAAAUUACAAGACAUGGCUUUAUAAGGACCAAGUUGCUGGUUUUUAUCAGACAUUUGCCAACAUCACAUUUCUUACAGUGAAGGGGGCUGGUCAUAUGGUGCCGCAAUGGGCCCCAGAUCCAGCUUUCCACAUGUUUCAGUCAUUUAUAACCAAUAGUGAUUACUGAGAAUCUAUUCAUGUGUUUUCUGCACUAGUCUCUUAUUGAGUACAUUUCUCAGGGAAGUUUAUGGAACAUAUAAUUUUAUUUUUUGGGAGCAAAUUUUGGUUUUAAUCUUGUCUAGACCAUCUGCUGACUCAUUCUGUCUUAUGAAUUGUAAUAAAGGUUUUAGUCAUUGUUACUUUACUUAUGUGAACAUAAAAGGGGAACUUUUGUUAAAGAAAGCUGAAUGAUUGUAGUUAAUGCACUAUUAAGGACAGAUGUUGUAACAACAAGAAAUUAUUUCUUGAGAUGUACAAAUGUAAAUAAGUUGUUUCUUUCAUUUGUCUUUUUAUUAAACAAUUUACUGUUUGACA